CAGCUAUGGGAGGCCAUACACGGCGAAUGAUCCACAUAGCGACUCCAUAACGAAGAAUGGUAGGAUACGUACGAAUGUACUCAUUAUGAGAUCCGGUAUCCUUUGACCAUCACGAUAAUUCUCAAACCAUUUCUCAAGCCAUCACACUAUCCAAGAAGCAUGUCUAUUCCUAAGCCCAUAUUCUGCUGCGGAGCACCCGUGCCAGUGAGCACAUCGAAUAGCAACAAGCCCCACAAUGAUCCAAACCGAGAACUUCACCACGCAUUGUAUCGAUCAUUCCUAGCCUUCGCGGAACGAAGACAACGGGCAGCGGCUCUGAGGGCGCUCAUUCUCGGCGUCGAUACUGAGCCAACACUGCCCCCACCCACGAAUACACUUCCAACUUCCCAGCAGCAAAUACCAACGCCAGUCCUCACCCGAGAAGCGCUUGAGAACAAUCCCAUUACUCCCAAGACGUUGUACGUCAUUCACCUCACAGCUCGCCAGGAUUUCGGACCCGUUCUCUCACACAGAUACUUCGUGUGUCCGCUGAACCUGCAGCAUGAUUGGAUCGAGGCUUCUCUAGAACAAUGGUUCGCGACGGGGGAGCAGUUCAAGUUCACGGCCGAGAAGUGGGACCUUAAGUGCAUAACAGACUCCAGGUUCUACCGGUUGACGCUGCGACCAAAUUUGGCGAUGAGGGCCAGUCCGUUGACUGUUGGAAAUACCUAGAGGCUAGGUUUUUCUUAGGG